AUGAUGGGAGCUAGUAAAGCGCCUAGCGCUUUACAACAGCAAUUCAACAAUAAUAACAGUAAUCAACAUUUUAAUAGAAUUAUUAAUGGUGAUCAAAUUAUUGAUAUAUAUGGUUAUAUUAAUAAUCCCAUUAAAAAAAUACUAACUUAUUUACUAACAAUUUUUACAUGUGGUCUAAUACAGGUUAUAUUUCAUUGGUUUCCUAUUCUUAAAUUAAAAUGUACCUCUGAUGAAUGUUUAUUAAAAGAUGCCGAUUCUGUUUUAAUUAAAGAUGACCAUAAUAUUGUUAAAAUAAAACAUAUAAAAAAAAUAUCUUUUGAUGGGACUGUUGAAAUGUGUAGUGGAAAUCUAUUGAAAUUAAAAAAUUUAAAAUAUUUUAAAUAUAAAAAAGUUACCUAUAUUUGGAAUCAAACAAAUUCAAUUUUUAAUUCACUUGAAUCACUUGAAGGGUCAAUACCAAUAUCAUAUUUUCAUUCUAUUAAAAAUAAAAAUACAGGAUUUUCUGUUGGUGAUGUUACUUCAAAACUUCUUAUUUAUGGAAAAAAUCUUAUUGAAGUUAAAUUAAAUCCAAUUCCUUUAUUAUUAGUUAGAGAAGUUAUAACACCAUUUUAUAUGUUUCAAAUAUUUUCUGUUACUAUAUGGUAUUGUGAUAAUUAUGCAUAUUAUGCUACAAUCAUUAUCAUUAUGUCUAUGUUAUCAAUUAUUAGUGAUGUCAUUCAAAUUAGAAAACAAGAAAUUAAACUUCGAGCUAUGGUUCAUUCAGAGUCUUAUGUUAAAGUAUUAAGAAAUAAUGGAAAAAUUGAAGAAAUUAAUUCAAUUUAUCUUGUUCCUGGUGAUAUAUUAUUAGUUCCAACACAUGGUUGUAAUUUACAAUGUGAUGCUGUUUUAAUGAAUGGGACAGUUAUUGUUAAUGAAGCUAUGUUAACAGGUGAAUCUGUUCCUGUAACUAAAGUUCCUCUUCCAGAAGAUGAUUAUGAAAUAACUAAUGAUAAAAAUACUAUAUUCUCUCUUAAAGAACACUCAAGACAUGUUUUAUUUUGUGGAACAACAGUUCUUCAAUCUAGAAAUUAUGGUGGUCGACCAGCAACUGCCAUUGUUCUCCGAACAUCAUAUUCAACAUUAAAAGGAGAAUUAGUUAGAUCAAUUAUGUAUCCAAAACCUGUUGAUUUUAGUUUUACAAAAGAUCUUUUUAAAUUUAUAUUUUUCUUAGCUGGUAUAGCAUGUUGUGGUUUUGGAUAUACAAUAUUUGUUAUGUACCUUCGUGGAGCAGGUAUAAGAAAAAUUAUUGUUCGUACAUUAGAUAUUGUAACAAUUGUUGUUCCUCCAGCUCUUCCAGCAGCAAUGUCUAUAGGUAUAUUAAAUGCUCAAAUGAGAUUAAAAUUAAAAGAAAUAUUUUGUAUAUCUCCAUCAACAAUUAAUACAUGUGGUGCCAUAAAUAUUGUUUGUUUUGAUAAAACAGGUACGUUAACAGAAGAUGGUUUAGAUUUUCAUUGUUAUAAACCUGUAAAUAUUGAUAAUGAUGGUAAACCAUUUUUUGAUAAAGAAAGUCAAACAUUCAAUGAUAAUAAUCAUUUAAGAAAAGCAAUAGCAACAUGUCAUUCAUUGACAAAAAUUGAAGAAGAAUUAUGUGGUGAUCCAUUAGAUGUAAUAUUAUUUGAUAAAUCAGAUUUUGUUCUUGAAGAAUCAGGUGAAGAUGAUGAUGUUGAAGAGACAGCAAGAUUUGACUUAUUACAACCAACUAUUGUUAAAAGUAAAAAUUCCCUUAAUUCAUCCGGUGAACCUUUACAAUUAGCUAUCAUCAGACAAUUUACAUUUUCAUCAAGUCUUCAAAGAAUGACUGUACUAGUUCAUAAUAUAGAGGAAGGACGAAAAAAUCUUCAAUUAUAUUGUAAAGGAGCUCCUGAAAUGAUUGCUUCAUUAUGUGAUCCAUCUUCAAUUCCAUCAAAUUAUACUGAUAUAGUUAAUCAAUAUGCUCAACAUGGAUAUAGAUUAAUUGCUGUUGCCUACAGAAACCUUGAAAUGUCAUAUUCAAAAGCACAAAAAGUACCUAGAGAUGAAAUUGAAAAUUCAUUACAAAUGUUAGGAUUAAUUGCUAUGGAAAAUAGAAUAAAAGAUCAAACUUUAGGUGUUAUUAAUCAAUUAAAUAAUGCAAAAAUUAGAACUGUUAUGGUUACUGGAGAUAAUCUUUUAACUGCCUUAUCAGUUGCUAGAGAUUGUGGUAUUAUUCGCCCAAAUAAACUAUGUUAUACUAUUGACCUAGCUCCUGGUGAUGAAAAGACAGUUGAUGGUAGGAGAAAAAUUAUUUGUAGAGAAUCUGUUUCAUCAUCUGAAGAUAUGAUUGAAGAUGAUGAUACUUUAAGUAAUUCAUCAACACCAUCUUUUGAAUCAGGAACAUUAGUUAAUUCAGCAUAUCAUUUAGCCAUAUCAGGACCAACAUUUUUAGUUAUUUGUCAAGAGUAUCCUGAAUUAUUAGAUAAAUUAGUUUGUGUAUGUGAUGUUUAUGCUAGAAUGUCACCAGAUCAAAAACAAUAUUUAAUUAAUAAACUUCAAGAAGUUAGUUAUACUGUAGCAAUGUGUGGAGAUGGAGCUAAUGAUUGUGCUGCAUUAAAAGCUGCUCAUGCUGGAAUAUCUUUGUCACCUGCUGAAGCAUCAAUAGCUGCACCAUUUACUUCUAAAAUUCCAGAUAUUCGUUGUGUACCACAUAUUAUUAGAGAGGGCCGAGCAGCUCUAGUAACAUCAUUUGGAAUUUUUAAAUAUAUGGCUGGUUAUUCAUUGACACAAUUUAUAACAAUAAUGCAUUUAUAUUGGUUAGGGACAAAUUUAACAGAUUUUGAAUUUCUUUAUAUAGAUUUACUUUUAAUAACUUUAGUUGCAAUAACUUUUGGUGCAACUCCAGCUUGUAAUAGAAUAUCAAAGACACCUCCACCAACACGUCUUCUUUCAUUAGGAUCAAUUCUUUCAAUUUUAGGACAAUUAACUAUUAUUGGAACUUUUCAAAUGUUUACUUUUAUUUAUGUAACAUAUCAACCAUGGUUUAUUCCAUACUCAGCUCCAAUAACAGCUGUCAUUGAAGAUAAAAGAUCACAACAAGGAACAGCAAUAUUUUGUGUAUCAACAUUUCAAUAUAUAACAUUGGCAAUAAUUUAUUCUAAAGGAAAACCAUACAGAAAAAGUAUCUUAAGUAAUAGAUGGUUAAUGAUAUCAUUGAUAACAAUGUCUUUAAUAUCAAUUUAUAUAACACUUUAUCCAGCUGAAAUUGUUAUAGAAUAUAUGCAAUUUGAUCCAAUACCAUUAUUUUCAGAUAGGUUGUUUUUCUUUCUUAUUGGCAUUUCUAGCGCUAUAUCAUCUUAUGCCUUUGAAACGUUUGUAAUUAAUUAUUUAGUUUUGAGUGUUAGAGAAAGGAGAAUAAAAGAAAAAAAAAUUAUUAACGAUGAAAAUCCAAGAUCAUACGAAAAUAUAUUAUCACAAAUUUCUACAGACAUAUCUUGGGUAAGAUAUAUAUUUUCAUGUAAAAGAACAUCAAAUCCACAAAGUACCUAUUAUACACCGUCUAAAUCAAAAGGUUCCAGAAAAUCUAAUUCAUCAUCAUAUAUAUCAUCAACUGGAACUUCUAAAUUUUGUACACCAACAAAAUCUAUUGAUGGGUUAUUGAUAAUAAAUACACAAAAUGAUGAUGAUGAAGAAACGAUUACAACUAAUAGGACCAUGACAACAGAUUCUGCCUGUACAAGUACUUUAUUUAAUAGUAAAGACGGUGUUGAUACCUGUAAUGCUGAUGUUUCUAAUAUAGUUUAA